CUUCUUCUCUCUUGUGUGAACACUGUGAAGCUCUCUCUCUUUACUCUAAACUUCUGCAGCUUUUUUUAAGUAGCAAUGAACUUCUCUCAAAACCCUAAUCCUAACCCUAAUUUCCCCUUCUUUCCUGAUCAUCACCAUCAUAACAUGACGAUGGUCGAGCCGGAGUUCGAGCUCUCGGAUUAUCUGAUUCUCGACGAUUAUCAUCACCACGAUCAUCAUCAUCUUGAUGAUCAAGAUAAUCAAGAUUCUUACUCUUCUCAAAGCAUGGUAUCUUCAGAGUUCACCUCCCAUGGAUCCUCCAGUGGUGCAACCUCAAGAAAUAGUCACAUAAAAUGCGAAAAUGGGAUGGAGAUGAAGAACAAGAAGAUUAAUGAGGUGGGGAAUCGGGUGGCUUUCAGGACGAAAUCGGAGCUUGAAGUUAUGGAUGAUGGGUUUAAAUGGAGGAAAUAUGGGAAGAAGUCAGUGAAGAACAGCCCGAAUCCGAGGAACUAUUACAAAUGUUCAAGUGGAGGAUGUACUGUGAAGAAAAGAGUAGAAAGGGAUAGAGAGGAUUCAAGCUAUGUGAUAACAACUUAUGAAGGAGUUCAUAAUCAUGAGAGCCCUUGUGUUUAUUAUAAUCAAAUCCUUCUCUCAUAUGCUCCCUGAUAAUACUUGGAGUUUGCAAGCUUCUUCUCCCCCUUUUCUUCUACUUCUUCGUAGCUAUCUGUUUCUCUCCUCCUCGAGUUUCGAUCUUUUUUUUUUUU